AUGUUUCGAGCUCUGCGAUUCACCUCAUCUGCCCCUCUGCGCCAAGUGCGAUGGAACUCUACGGCCACCACACCACCUUUAAUGGCAACAUUGCGGGCUGAUCUUAAGACAGCCAUGCGUGCCAAAGACACUGCACGACUCAAUGUCCUGCGUGCCUUAAUCUCCGAGACCAACAAUGCCGCUAAAACUUCCUCCCCCAUUCAAACCGAUAUACAGCUUCUGUCGUUGAUUCGCAAACGUGCUGCUGCUUCCACUGAUGCUGCUCAACAAUUCGCCACUGCGGAACGUCCCGAUCUGAAAGCCAAGGAGGAUGAACAAGUCACCAUUCUGGAGGAGUAUGCCGGUCAAGUCAAGACAUUGUCAGCGGAGGAAGUGGAGGACAUUGUGUCUCAGCAGAUCGCUACCAUCAAAGAAGCCGGGGGUAAGCUUGACUUUGGCCAGGUAUUGAAGACUCUCUUUGCUCCAGGAGGCGCCCUAGAUGGCAAGCCAGCAGACAGGAAAGAGGUCGCUGCUCUUGUCAAGAAGGCUUUGGCUUGA